AAUUGUGUUGAUGAAACUAAUGUUUAGCAUGGCGCGACACAAAAUAUUGAUCGCCAUACAUUAUCAUUGAUUAUGCUAAACACUACCGCUCGCAAUGGCGUAAAUCGACCAAGCCAAGAUGGAGUCACAUUGCGGAGGUAUUUGUAGGAUUAAACCGUGACCAAGGAAUUUAUACAACACGAAAAUGUAGAGAAACACUAAAUUACGUUGUGGUGGUUUCUCCUCCGCUCUGACAGCGUUUCUGUAGAGGAGCGCCACCUAGCGGGGAUAUGGAUUACAACGAUAAUACAGAAGGAAUUGACGUGAUAACAAACCAGACCCUCAAUAGGGGACCAGUUGUCAUAGGAACAAGGGAUGUGAUAACAGGAAAUGAUGUCAUCAACAACCGACCAAUUGAAUUCAAUUCCACACGGAAUAUGGAUCAGUUCUUCAACUGUGAUAACAAAACAACAAACUUCGACCCACAGAAUCUGGCAAAAGGGACCGAGGAUAAAACUCAGACGUCCCGAGGUAAAAAUACAUCAAAAGGCAAAACAACGUGGCAAGAACUCUCCCCAAAGAAGGAGAGAAAGUCACUUUUGUCCGGGGAGAGUAGCGGCAGUGGGAGUUCCUCCACGGCCAGUAGCCCGACAAAAUCAUGGAAAAGUUCGGAAAAGGGAACAAACCAAAAUCAGAUGUUGACAUGGCGUGAUGUUUCUCCAACGAAGUCGGACCGUGGAAUAGUGUCAUCAUCGUCUGACUCGCAGUACAGUCCGAAGCGAGAGCCUGGGCGUCUAUCGUCCUCCUCCGACUCACAGUAUAGUCCACGACGCGAUCACACACGCCAGUUGUCAUCAUCUUCCGAUUCACAGUAUAGUCCAAGACGGGACAAAUUGUCGUCAUCGUCAUCUGAUUCACAAUACAGUCCAAAACGUAGACCCAACAGAGGUCAACGAGGGCAUUUACGAAGUCCUGAACAUGCUUGUUCACGACAUAGGGCUGGGACAGUGAAUCAGAACGAGGCUUAUAAGAUUCAUGAUAGCCCUGAACAUGGACAUGACAGGUUUUCUCCCCCAUCUCCAUCAAAGGGUUUGCCUGCUGCCGGGACAAUGGACGACGCGGCCAGUAAUGACUAUUUUUAUGAUGAGGAUUUUACGGUGCAAUUCGAUACAAACCUUCGUGAGUCGUCCCCUGGAGUGAACUGUUCAUGUGUGGACCAUGAUCUUAUGAUUGGGUUUCCUCAUGUGGUCACAGGAAGCUAUCUGAGCUUCGGGGGUGAGGCAAAGGGAUCAAAUAUUCUUGAUAGGAAUUCAACAGAGCUUUUUUGUCCGGAUGAGUCAGAAUUAUCAUACAGUCAUAACUCGGCGAUGGAUGUAUCGACAAGCGAACGUGAGAUGAUGUGUUCUAGUGACAUGCUCGAUUUCAGUGACAAUCCUUUAUUUACGCCGUCUCCGACAGGGGACCUUCAUGGAGUAGGGAACCUUCACGGAACGGGAGAACAGAUGACAGACAGUCUUGACAAAGUCACUGUCAAGUGUCAGUUUCCUGUUCUUGGCCUGACCCCGGAACAGUACCAAGGUCAAGGUCAAAAUCAAAUGGAAAUGUCAUCCAGUCGUACCUCUAGUGAAAAUAAUUUCUGUCUCAACUGCUGCCCAAGGAAAGACGAGUACCACCUCUCUUUUGUGGGAUCACAAGGCAGUAAGGGGUCUGGAUCUGACCUUGAAAACUCAUUGACCUCUUUAGAAUCAGGUCAAGGUCAUUAUAGUCAACAACAAGUAAGUGUGUGUUCUACAGAUGGGGAGGAAUGCUCGGACAGUUUUCAUUUCUGUUAUUCAGGAAGUGGGCCCCAUGGGGGUCAUGGUAAAGGAAAAGUGUUGGGUUCACGGGGCCAGAAACUUCCUUCUUUAGGAGGUAUACAGGAAACGUCAAUGGAACAUUCUGCGUCUAGCGAAGACUCUGUUAACAUUUCUCCAAAACUUACCCCGACCUCAAAACAGGAUCUUAAACUUUUUAGUUCUGGGACCCUGCCUCGACAUGUUGGUGGACGCGGAUGUCAGAUAACUUCUCCAAAAAAAGCGAUUUCAGGCCUUGAUGGUGGACAUUCCCCAUCAAGGUCAACGCUACCUCUCGGAGGUCGACAAAGGUCAAAGAAGGUCACAUCAUGGAGACAGGUAAAGAGUUUACGACGGUUAGGUAAGUUGGAAAGUGUGUUGGAUCCGUCACGGAGUACUAGUAUGCCUGAUCUGUGUAUCCAUCAAGCUUGGCAAUCAUUAUCGUCACAGGACAUACAGCGAUUAGCCGAGAGCUUUCAUAACAAACGCCACUCGGCAUAUCUGUUGGACUUGUACCAAAGAGCAAAGGACCAAUCGAACCCUGUGUCUCCUGAAACUAUGGCAAAUAUUGAGCAGAUUCUGUUCCAACAUCCGCUAUGUCAGCCUCACCAUCACCAUGGUGACCACCCACAUCACAAUAAUAACUGCAGUGAAAUGACGCGUGAGGACUCGUAUAGUGAUCACACCCUUACGAAUAGUCACGCCCAGUUCCUGUCGGCAGGUGUUACCACGACAACACAUUCCAAUCCUGGCCCUGCUCCUUCACCACAGCCUCAUCCCCUUCAGUAUUCCACCCGUAAACGCAUCCUUGAUUGGCUGGAAAAGGAGAAGUUUGACGCUACUAACAAAUCAAAGGGGUCGCAAACCGAGGUCACUAAGUGCACAAAAGAAACAGUUGUCUCCCCUACUACAAUCACUCUCUGGUGCGGAACUAAAAAUUUCAGCUCCCAGUUCCCACCAAGUAUGAAAGACUGUGCCAUACAGACUACUGUUACUGAGGAUGUUAAACCUAAAAAGCCAAGCAUGCAUGAUUCGUCGCAACAGACCACACCAAUUUCAGAAAAAAAUUCAGUGUUGUCAAUGUUACCAGAAAGUUUUACUGAACUAAAUGAAAUUUUGCCAAAAUUUGAGCCUCCCGAUGGCAAGAAAUCUAAGGGGGUAAUACCUCGGUCUAAAAGUGCUGACAGUGCGCGAAAGAAGUCAACUAUGACAGUUGGAGUUUGUGAGAAGAACACUUUUUACUCCCAUAAAUCUCUGCCAGAUCUGAGCUUUCUUUCUGCCACUGUUUUUGCGACUGAUUCUGAGAUGUCGCUCUUUGACCCCCUUCCCUUAAAUCUCCCUUUACCAGUAUUCUCUGACAGUGAGGAAUAUGCAAAAACUCAGGAAUAUAUCCGCAAUAAGGCUGCCUACCACUCGCACUACGGGAAACAGGAGACAUUGUCUGGUGCUAACUACAAAAGGUCGCGGUCUGCGCCCCCACGUAAUCCCAUCAACGCAAAUCUUUCUCGGAAUUGUGCAGAGUCGGGUUCAAGUAGCAGUGGGUUCAGUACGAGUUCAACAUCAUCGGGGAUAGAUCCAGGGUACAGUGAGCCGCGAUCGUUCACCAGCGGCAGUCCGUCUAACGACAUAGAGCGCCUUCUGUUCUACCCGCCACAUAUUGAGAUUUCCAGUUCCUCCAAAUCCCCGUGCCAUGUCUGCAAAUCGGAGGAUGGCUCGGAUAUCGCGCAGAUUUCCACGGGCCCACCACCGCAUCUCUUGACCAAUCAGCUUCAAGGAACCAACAAAACCUUAAUACGACCAACAGCAGAGAAACCAGAAGAUAAAAAGAUCCAUAAAUACACAAAUGAGGUACAUCCGGGGAUGAUAGACGUGCGACACCGACCAAAACAGCCAGUAAAACCCGUGGGAACCUCCACGGUAACGACCAACUCAUCUCAUCUGGAGCAUCUCUAUGUUUUGCAAGAAGAGCAGACACCAGUAUCGUCACCUGAGCGAAUGAGUCCUAGUCCGUACAGUAGCAGAUUUGACCACACACUGCAGUGUUGCCAUGACAACUGCACCUGCUAUAUCAGCCUGGAAAAUGAACGUUUGGCAGAAUGGCGACGAGACCAGCUCAUUCUUCGUAGAAAACUAGACUACCAGAUUCAGUUGUCAAGUGAAUCCGGGUCAUCAUCAAGCUCGAGUCUAGUUCCAAACAUUGACAAGAAACCUCUAAAGUCUUGUCUUCGUAAAAAGCAAGUCCUAAGGUCAAGAUCAAUGUCAGAACCAUACCUUAUACAGCAGAUGGAAGGUCGGAGGCUACAAGGUCAAAAGGUCAAUCGUCACUCGUAUGCCUGUGAGGAAAUUUACCUCCUUCAGGAUGAGACUGGAGAAUACUUCCUAUGUGAGAACAAAGAUGAGACAGAGGAGGAAGAAGUAGAGGAUGGCGAUGAGGAUGAAGACGAGAAGGAGACAAGUGACCCAGUUAUGUUUUAUCUAGAAGAUGACAGCGUAGGUAACUCUCAAACGGUACGCCGAAGACAGAAGAAACCAGUCGAGGAGAAAAAAGAAAGCUGCGAUGAUUCUUCUGACAAGGAACUCAGUGGAAAGCGUAAGAGUGUGAGCUUUGCCUCGGAAGUGUCCUUCCAUGCUAUUAGUCCACAGGAUUCGCCCAAAAGGCGCGACACCCACAGCGAUACCGACGACUCUGAGGACACCGAAGCGAAAGAGGAGACUGUCGAUUGUGUUGCGAAGUGUACGGAACAAACAUCACCAGAGACAACAGCAGUGCAAGCUGGGACAACAGAAUCAACACCUAAACCAAUCAGUGCCCAGACGUUGGUGAGCAGUCUCGCUUCAUCAGCAGACUCCGAUUCCGCUCCACCUGCUGAAUUCCUUCUGUCACCGCCCCAACCAGAGCCCCAGAUAUCUCCAUUCAGCCAUGCCCUCGCUCUCGGUCCCGAGACUGCGCGUCGCAGAGUGAUGCUUCAUGAAGUAUCCCAGGCCGCCGAAUCCUUAGUCAGACAUUUCGCUAAAGCAAUGAAUCCUUUCGACAAGUUGCGACUAGGGAGUACGGCAGACAGCCCUGAGGUGGGAGAUCUUGUAUUAUCCACGCUGUGUUCCGUCUUGACUCGUGUUGUCAGUGACGGGAUGAAACCCUACCUGGCUGGGGUCCAAGUCUUUGGCCGUGUCCAGGUGACGGUGUGGAAGGUAGCCGAGGGGUCUGGUGAACAAGGCCCUUACACACGUGCGCUACACGAACUUGUUCAGCAGCUCAAGGCAAACAAUGGACUAACUUCCAACACCAUGAAGUUUGAAGCAUUCAUCUUUAGCCUACUCAAUCUUCGCCUGCUGGACUACUGGAUGGGCUACCUGAGGUACAGUGACACCAUCACAGAAAAAUACUACAAUGCUGACGGAGUUAUAGUUCUUGGCCGAACUGCCCACCAGGUGGAGUAUGAUGAAAUGCUGACAUCUCUCCAAGCUCUGGCAGUGUUGCCCUUCCAGCUAGGACUUGACUUCCUCAUAGAGAAAUAUGCAAAGAGUAAAUCUGCUUCCCCUUCACAAAGCCCCUGUAAAGGUCUCCCCCUUGGGAGCCCCACAGAUGACAAACAGGCCCCAGCUAAGCCCCCACGACGUACCCCAACUGGUAUCACCUCAAAAGCAUGGGAUUGGCUGAAAGGCGGAGCUACUGAGCCUCCUGUUGAACCAGCUGCAACAGAGUCCAAUGGCAUGAUAUCCAGCUUCACUGGCAUAUUAGGAAAGUGGACGGGAUGGGACACCUCAAAGGGGGAUGGGCAGCAGGCUCCUCCCACCAGCUGUCAAUCACAACCACCAGCAAAUCAGAUUCAGUCAACUCCAAAUGUAGUUAAGAUUGAGAAAGAUUCAGAAGAGCCUAUGGUCCACCCACAAAAGCCAACAGGAAGGUGUCCUGUAGCAGAGGCAGAAGACUUCCCAGAUGAUAAUUGUGGGACAGAAAACAAGGGAGACAAAUCCUGUUCGCCUGUAAAAUCUAAAGUCGAAAAUUUGGAACCUACAUCAGAAACUGUGGUUACUAAAGAAACAUCUCCAAGUCAUCAAAAGAGCACAACUGAAAAGAAAGUCACACAUGAGAAGAAAGUUGUUGCCGAGAAGCUUGAUCCUGAUAAGGAAGAAGAAAGUCCUGUAAACGCUGAGAAGACCAUGAUCGAAUCAGUUACUGGUAUUACACAGAAACUCCUUGGCAUGAGGAGCCAGCGAGAGAAACCAGCAUACAGGAAAGGUGUAACUGACUAUGACUUCAAUAAUGAGCAGGGAGAGAAAUCGUCAGAAGGGAAAAUGCCGGUAGAGAAAACACCCGGAGAGAAAUCGUUGGGAGACAAAUUGUCAGGAGAGAAAUCGUCAGGAGAGAAAACGCCAGAAGAAGAUACAACUGAGUCUUUGGCAGAUAGUUCUCAACCUCCAACACAGAAGAGUUCAAAAGUAACAGAACAAGGAACUGAUGAUAAAGCUACUCCAGUUACAGGAUCAAACAAACAAUCACAAGUGAAACCUGAGGGAGAGAAGUUACAGACGUCAGCAGAACGCAAGUCCAUGAUUCCCAUGGCAACCACGCGCCCAAGGAAUUUGGGAACAACUAAGGGAAAGGUUGAGGCUAAGCCAACAGCGGGAAAAAACAAGUCGGGGUUGAUUAAGCUGUUCGACAAACUGCUGUUGCCUAAAGACACCAAAGAACAACCAAAAGCCACACCAGCAUCACAGAUUCCCAAGAUCAAGAAUCGAUGGAGUUGGGGAGCUGGGGCUCAGAAUCCAGCACCGGAAAACGUCAGAACUGGUGCUGGGGCACGACCAAAAUCUGUAUGUGUUAUGAAGACAGAGCCAACUCCAAAACAGGCAUGCGCUGCUCCAGCAAAGAGGCGACCAAUUACUACAACUACCAAGGAGGAGCCAAAAAACUUGAAUGCCUCCCCAGUGACAAGAGUGGGAAGAGACCAAAAUGGUGGACUCGGAAACGAUCAAGCAGAAUUAAACGCGACUCAGAGUAAAGGGGACGCAAUUAAGGAUGCAGAAAUGUCCGCUCAAAAUGCUAUGAAUGCUGGACAGGAUCAACUUCUCACCAUCCAGCUGGACAAGACCACUGGGGAGGCGUCACUACACCAGACCUUUCAUGUUGACGAUAACGGAGAGGCAAAACUUCGGCAGCGGUAUCAGCUGGAGCAGACGGGCGAGGCUCGUGACCAGAACCUCACGGUACAGUGGGACCGAUGCAGUCCCGUCAAACUGCAACAAACGGUGCACCUAGACCAACGACAGGCUAAGCUUCAUCAGACCGUGGAGGUCGACCAGGAUUCAGAGGGAGCAACACAGAACAAGGUGAGCCAGGUGGCAGCACCAGUCAAGGCAGGACAGGGGGCAGCACCAGUCAAGGCAGGCCAGGGGGCAGCACCAACCAAAGCAGAUAGCAAGGAUGCGAAUGAAGGAACAGAAGGUGAAGAUCAGGAUGGAAACAAAGGAAAGAAAGGGAAAGGAGGCGACAAAAAGGCUGUGGCAGCAGGACGUGCUGCCUGGAAGGCAGUGGAGCGAGGACCAACUCUGUUUCUACCCACUAACUGUAAAUUCCUUGACAACAUUGAGAAACGUAACAAUGAUCCAGAGUCACCAAAGAGGAAAGCUUCACCAAACAGACGUUCCACACCUUCCAGUACAAAUUCAAGUCCUGCUAAUUCACCAAAGUCACCAAGAGCAAAUAAGACCCGGAGACGUUGGUCUCUCCAUGGCAACUCGAUAAAAAAGGAUUCUGCUGAUUUAGAUAUUCUUAAUUCCAAUCCAUCGGACACCAACAUACUUAAGUCUGCUCCCUCAACUCCUUCCAAGGGGAAGACAGGCAAGGCUGACCAUUCAAAUAGCAGUGCAGAUAAAACUGACCAAUCAAAACCAAGCAAGUCUGAUAAAUCGAAAAAUUCUGCCAAAAAUCUGGCCAAUGGUAAAGCAGCAUGUGGGGAAAAAGAAAAAAAGAAGCUGGCGAAUCAAAAAAGUAACAAAGAAGGGAAGGCUAGUAAUGAAAAGAAGAGUUCCGAUGAGAAGGAAGAAGGAGAGUUCCGAUUUCUCAAACCAGUCUACAGGUAUAUCCAGACACUGAAGGCCUACGAGGCUACCGAUCCAUCUUACCUAUCGUACGGCGAGGGAGAGUACUUUGAGGUGCUGGCACAAAUUGACGCGAUCCGACUUUUCUGUGUCCAGGGAAAGAAGGAGGGUCUUAUUCAACUCGAGGCUGUCAAAUCCGUAACUGACAAGGAUGAAUUCCAUGUUUUGCAUGACAACUUUUAUCGGUGAUAAUCAUAUAUUGACUGGAACUUCACCCAAGGGAGGUAAUUCACAGCAGAAUCUACUGAAAAAGGAAUUGUUGAUGACAACACGAGUAGUCAUGGAUGAGACACAGCCAUUCUUAUAAAGGGAGAUAAUAAACAAUGGAAAGAUAAUGUGAAGAUUUCUGUUAAAGGGAGGUAAUUUGAUUAUCUUUCUUGGAUGCGUAAAAUGUGAUAUCUGGAGUGAAUGGACAUUUCAUGUAUUUUUCUUGGUGAUGUCUGAAUAGAUUUCAUGUUUAGUUUAAUUUCAUGUUUUAAAAAUUCUAAUGUAUUUGAAUUUUUUCCAUUCAUAGGUGAUAUUUUAUAUAAUCUGAUGUAUUGUCGUAUUUCAAUUGAAUACUUGUAGAUCACAUGAGGGUGUUAGUAUUGUGUUUUCAAUGUAAUAGUAUAAGAAUUUUGCUGACUAAUGGAUCACAAUGGUUACUAAUUUCCUUUGGUUCUUAAGGAAAUGUUAUCGAAAACCAUGGCAACAAAAUCCAGAGUAAAUGGCAAUAAAAACUAAGUGAUAACAAAUAUGCAACAAUUUUGUGUCAAAUGAAGCAGGAAAUUUGUCUGCGAGCUUACAAUUAAACAAGUAUCUGUCAUUGCUGCCCUUAUGAAUUUGCAGCAUGAUCACAGCAUAAAUGCAGUAUGAAUGCAGCAUGGAAUUGCAAUCAUGCUGUGAAACUAGCAGUAUGGUGCCAGCAUAAAAGCAGCAUGAUUCCAGCAUAUGCUGCAUUGCAGUCCAUGCUGCAAAUUGAUAAUGGUGGACGCAAUCAAAUAUUAUCUCUCAUAAUGACAAUUAAGGUAGCUAGUUUAAGGUUACUGAAAUAUUGUUUUACCCUAGAAAUUUAAUUAACACAGCCAGGUGUUAAAUAAACUGGUUCCUGCUGAUAUUCAGAAUUUGAAGUGUUAUUGGAAUAUAUUAGAUAUAUAUACUAAUAUUAUGGAAGCCUUUUCCCAUCAGUUAUAGUAAGAAAUCAUGCAUCACUUUCAGUAAUGACCAGUCAUUUUAGUGGUGCUCUCUAUUAUUUCAAAUCUUCCCAGACAACAGUAGAAUGACGUUAAUGGUUAAUCUUUAAAGUAUAGAAUUUAAUGAAGUUGAUCUUCAACCUGUUACCAUAUUUCUCAAAUUAGCCCCCUCCAUAGUGCGAAAUUUCAGUUCUGGAAUUUGGAGAAGGUUAGCUUAUUUGUGAAAAACAUUUUUGGUUACUGUUUUAAAGCCAAUUUUUUGUGGACAUGUGUUUUUUUGCAGACAAAUACGGUAAAAGUGUUAUUAAUGGGAACAAAUUUUCAUGUAUGUAUACUCAUUUUUAUCAUCACCAACAUCAUUUAUAUAUCUCGCCGGAAAUGUUUUAUUGUAUACAGGACUGUAUUGGAAACAUAGGCUUGAGCUCAUCUGUUAAUGAUGAGGAUACUGAAGUAAUGAAAGAAAUGAUUGACAUUUAAGAGGAUUGUGCUAAUAUGUAAAUUAAAUUUGCAUUCCUUUAUCGGGUUUGUACCGAUUGUACCGGUAUGAUUCUACUUUACCGGUAAUGGAACUCGUUGUAUCAGCAGAACCGAUCCAGUUUGCGUGGUUCUUUUUCUUGUUAAAACAUACCACUUUGAUCUAACAUGGCUGAACUCUGAUUCUUCAGCUGUCAUUCAAAUGUACUUUUUCUUAAAUCGGAGACAGAUCUCUUCAUUUGAGAUAAAAUCGUAAACAAAAUGUCAUAUAUGUACAACGGAACUAUUCACAUAUUGAUUUUUCAUCCUUUAUGUUGAAAAAAAGGAAAGAAAUCGGUAUUUUGGUUUGAAGCUAGAGACAGUACCAUCUUGGGAACUCAGUUUUGAUUCCGUUGCGUUCCAUUAUUUGAUACAAUACCUAUUUGGUACAACUGGUUCAAACUUGAUAAAGGAAUACACGUAUAGUUAGUGUUUAAAAACAGAUUAGAGAUGGAGUUGGUCGAAUGUUUUAUAUUUUGUCUGUCCAUGUUCACUUGUAUCAAUGGUAGAGAUCAUUAUUCACUGUAGAAUAACCAUUAUUCACUGUAGAAUAACCGUAGUAAUAUAAAUACUCCAACGGCAUGAGUUACCUCCCUUCCCUCGAUAUUGAGGGCCAUUUUCGUUUAUCAAUUAAGGCUCAAACCCUUCAUGACUUGAGGAAUCUUUUAAUCCAACUGUGUGAGUUAUCUCCCUUCCUUAUUUAUUGAGGACCGUUUUUUUGUUGAUCAAGGCCUAAACGGUUCAUGUUAUAAGGAAUCAUAAUCCCAUAGCGUGAGUUACCUCCCCUGCUAAAUAGUUAUACCAUUGUUUAUCAUGGUCCGUAGAGUUGGACCGAUUGGAAGAGUGGUUUGUUCAUGAAUUAUGAGGAUUGAACUCAAGAUUUUAUGUUGAUUUCAGAUGAGUCUUGACAAAGAUCUUCAAGGUCUAAAUUAAUGUUCAAAAGUCCAGCAAGAUUUACUGAAGAAUCAGUUUUUUCAGAAAAAUAUAGAAAUUAAUUUGUACAUCUAUAAAGAAAAUUUACCAGUUACAGUUACAUGGAAUUCUCAGAAACAUUCGAACAAGUCCAUGUCAAGAUGCAAGAUAUCUGUUAAAAAUGAUAAAACAAUUACUGUUUUAACGACCUUCCCCCUACAAAAACAAUUAUCUUAAUUCUGUACACAUCAAAAGAGAUUUUAUAUACCAAUUGAUUAACUUACAUUGUAAGUUCAGAACCCUUGUGUCACGCAAUUCUCGAGUUAAUUGUAAAAUUAUUUCAGUUGAAAAAAUUUUGUUUGAAGAGAAAAAUUCAUUUGUGAUUCAAUGUCUACUGUUUGUGUGUCAAGUCAGCAGUGGGGCCGAUUUGUCAUCACUUAACAAUCACAGUAAUUAAAUUAUCACUAAAUGUUAUGUUUAAUAUCGCUUUGUAUAUUAGCUCAAACCACAAACCACACAAGUCAGUCCUUCCAUCCCUUCUAUUUUGAAAUGGACUUGUCUUGGGUCCUACCACUAUUAAGUGUAACAAAGGACUAAGUUUGUACAGAUUUUACUGUGAGCCGACGUUUUAAUUCGUUUGAUGGUGAAAAAGCAUGUAUUCAAAGCUUUAUAUGAUACAUAUUUUAAAAAUUUCGUUUGUAAUUUUCGUUUCAUGUAUUUCGUUUUAAAUUACUGCGUAAAAAGCUAGAAUUGAAUAUGAAUUAGUUUACCGGUACGUUAGUGUGACUGUCGAUCAUCUGUUGAAAGAUUUGAAUAAAUAAAGAAUCUCUUACUCAAUAUUCCAAGGAUAUUACUAUAGACUUAUCAGAAUAUUUCGUACCUCGUACAGACAUAAUCCGUGGGUGAAAAUAUCAAAACUGAUUUCAUGGGUGAAAGUAUUAAUACUGAUUUCAUGGGUGAAAGUAUUAAUACUGAUUUCAUGGGUGAAAGUAUUAAUACUAAAUUCAAUAUUUCGGAAAUAUUUCCCUCAGAUUUAUGUCGAUGUUACAUUUUGGUAAAAAUAAUGUUUUCAGUAUUUUGAGAUUCUGACAUUCUCAUCCGAUUAUCUGAACUACCAGUACUUUGAUGUUUAGACAAUAUAGGGCUGGCUGGCAUCAUAAUAACUGUAGAUAGCCUUCUCCUGGGGAGGUCAAAGGUCACCAUAUUACAUUGUUAUAUAUUACAGUAUAUAAUAGACAGUAAAAAAGAAUACAUUGUCAUCAUAUUAACAUUCACAAAGAGCAUGGUCAUUGGUCAGUUUGAAGAAUGUCCGAGUUGUCCAACUCGAUUAAAACUAUCAGAUCACGAUUCUGUUUAUACUCCAUUAAUCAUGAUCCUGAUAAAUCUUGAUCACAUUAAAUUUUGAUCUUGAAUUUUUCAUUGUAAUUACCAUUAAUGUGACUAAUUAUAUUUUAAUAUGGAAAAAAUAGGUUGGUGUUACUUUCGUGUGCAUCACAGAAAAAAGAAUAUAUGAAAUUAAUAGACCCCGAUUCUACUACUCCUGGACAGGUCAUGGACAUGUUUGUAGUCAAUGUGGUAAUUCUUCUUGCAACAAUGUAGAACCCAUAUAAAACCAGAUUUUCUUACCGAGAAAGCAGGAAGGAGGUGUUCACUGUUGCAUGUUUGCAUCUAGUUUAGCUAUGAUCUGGCAGUUUUACUCAUAGAACCAGAUCCUUCUCUUAAACAGAUCACCAAAAUGUUUGUUUCCAGUGUGGUUACUCUGGUAACAAUAUAGAUUCCGAUAGAGCCAGAUCCUUCUUCUCCAAUAAAGAUCACCAAAAUAUUUGUAUCCAGUGUGGUUACUAUAGAAAAAUAUUGAUUCUGAUAGAGCCAGAUUCUAUUCUCUAAUCUUUUACAUCUAGUGGUUUAAAUUUUUGUGAAUCUCAGAACAAUCUUAAUUACUUUGAUGUUUCCAUUCGAAAUAUUGUAUUUGUACUACUCUGGCAGGUCAAAGUCCUAAAAUGACUCCACAAAAUCGGAAGGGUCCUUUACUGAUAACUUAUUAUAAAUUUAAUUAUGCAACUUAAAGAGUGAUGGAGUCAUGCAGACAAUUUUCUGACACGAAUGGCUGCCCUUUUUUGGUACAGGUGAAGAAAAAAAAAUAAUGAUAGAAAUAUAAUUAAAAAAAUAUAUCUAAAUAUCAAUUUUCGCUUACUAGCAUGCAUGGGACUCUAUGGGACUUUUGAAAAACCCCAAAAUUGAAUUGAGAUAGGUUCAGCUAUAUAAUGGUCAAUACAUACAGUAGGUAUGUACAUUGUCAGUUUACCCGUCAUCCAAAGUAUCAAAGUGACCACUGACCAGUAUCAGAUUUUCAAGUACAUCUACCAUCUGCUUAAUAAGUGUCAUUUAAUUAUAUUUAAUUUAAAUAAAAACUGAUGUAUAUUUCUCAAGUGUACAAAUAACUGCUCUCACUGUAUAUGAGUUUGUAAUGGUAGUCGUUUCGGACUGGUGAUAGUCUAGUACGAAACUCUGUCACCCUAUUGUCCUCGUACUGUAAUGAGUCUCCUCUCAUUGAUGUAUUCUGUACGUAUUAGACACAUUCUUUCACAAUUUGUAUCAAGCUACGAUCAUGGUUUCAUCAUCUAAAUCUAUAUUCAUCCUCUAAAAUAUUCUUCACUUCAUUCCUCAUUAGCAUUAUAUUCAUAAUCUAAAUUUACAUUCAAACUCAUUUGCAUAUUAAUAUUCUAGAUAUUAAUUCAUUUGCAUUAUAUUCAUAUUCUAGGUACUGUAUUAAUGUCCAUUAGCAUCUUCAUCUUCUAGAUAUUCAUAUGCAUAUUCAUAUCAUCAAAAAUAGCAUUACCUGGGUAAUUAGCAUAUUAGAUACUUUAAUUAACUUCAAGGAUAGGAUAUAAAUAUUCAUCUUUUCAAGAUUAGAAUACCAUAUUCAGAAAAACUUCAUUGUUUUACAAAGUAUGUGUAGAAUACAUGCAUGUUCACUUCAAAAAAUAAUAUAGUCAUUAAAUAUAUGUCUAAUUAAUAAUUAAUUAGUAUAAUCCCUCGUAUGUAGAUAAGUGUUCAUUUCCUUUGUUGUGAUAGUUACCGACCCCUGAUUGACCAAUCAAACUUCAUUUCCUGUGUGGUGCGGGAUCUCUGAUCUUGUUUUAGUAAAUAUAUUGACAUAUUUCUUACUAUUCGCAAACUUUGAAAUCCACAUCACUAGAAAUUCAAAUUCCGUUGGGUGUUUGAGUUUUCGACCAAGAUGUAAUUUGUUUGUCUGAGGGUCACCAUGGUAACAGUGUUAAACGCUUUACACAUUUGUUUUAUCUGUUAUUUUUUUUACCCUGAGUGCAAUAUUUCUCCGUUUUGUUUUGUUCAUACUUGUUAAUUAAUUUAUUGAAUCAAUAAUAUAUUCAUGUUUUUAUGUCAUUCUAACAAUGACCUUGAUACAUAUUUUAAAGAUUUAAACAUGUCUCCUGUAUAUCUAGUCGACCUUGUGUUGUUGACGAAGUUUUUGUGAUAUUUCAAAAUUUCAGUUUUAUGGCUUUUUCGUGACUAUAAUAAAGCAUUACUUACUCAA